GUGUGUAUAACGGAGCGGGAACUUGGAGGAAGGAUGACUCCUGGUUGCACUCGGCUACUCUGUGGUAACUUUGCCGGGUUUCACCUUGGUACCUUCCACUUUGUGACUUGUGUGGUGACCCUGUGUGCCCUCUGCUUAUUGGCUGAGCCCACACAGAGAGCCAGUGCCAAUGUACCAGGGGGAGAGCAGCUGGAGGGCCCCUGUGAGGAGGAGGCUGGUCUGGACCAGAGCCCACGUAGUGACUUGAGAGUUCCCUCAGAGGAUAAUGUGCCAAUCCUGUCUGAGCAGUGGGAGCCCUCCUCCUCCUCUUCUUCUUUCCAGCCCUCCAGCCCCUUCUCUGGCACCGAUUUGGGCACAAUGGCGGCCGACUCCUACAGAGGCCCCGGGAACAGCGACCGGAGAAGCAACAAAGAGCUGCCCAUACUCCUCUGGUGGAGCGAGAACUUAUUUCCUCACUUUCCGGGAGAGACGGAGCGAAUAGACUGCCCCCUGGGCUCCUGCAUGGUCACCAAGAACAAGAGCGUCAAACUCCACAAGAGAACCAAAUCCAUCAUUUUCUAUGGGACGGAUUUCCGGGCCUACGAAGCUCCGCUGCCCAGGUUGCCCCAUCAGACGUGGGCUUUGUUUCACGAGGAGUCGCCAAUGAACAACUAUGUACUUUCUCAUUUGCCCGGCAUUAGGCUCUUUAAUUAUACUGCCACUUUUAGAAGAGAGUCCGACUACCCUCUGACCUUGCAGUGGCUGCCCACUAUAGGCUACCUGCACAACCCGGCCCUGUCUAUGGCUGAAAAAAACAGAUGGCGGAAAAACGGAUACGCUCCUGUCUUGUAUAUGCAGUCUCACUGUGACGUACCCUCCGACAGGGACCGAUAUGUGAAAGAAUUAAUGAAACACUUGGAGAUCGAUUCAUACGGACAGUGUCUGAAGAACCGUGAGCAUCCAAGCAAGAGACUUGAAGACACAUCAACAGCUACUACUGAAGAUCCAGAAUUCAUGGCAUUUACCGCAAGAUAUAAAUUCCACUUGGCCAUGGAGAAUGCCCUUUGUUCAGAUUAUAUGACUGAGAAGCUGUGGCGGCCAAUGCAUUUAGGAGCUAUUCCGAUUUAUAGAGGGUCACCUUCUGUGAGGGAUUGGAUGCCCAACGACCAUUCUAUUAUAAUGAUUGAUGACUUUGCAUCUCCAAGAGAUCUUGCAGAGUUUAUAAUGACUUUAGACAGUGAUGAUGAGCAAUACCUGAAAUAUCUGGAAUAUAAAAAGCCUGGUGGGACCACAAAUUCAUUUUUGUUGUCCAGCGUGGAAAAUCGAGAAUGGGGGGUCAACGACAUGACCGCACCUAAUUAUUUGAACGGAUUUGAGUGCUUUGUUUGUGACGAGGAGAAUUCCAGAAUCAAAGCAGAGAAGAUGUAUAAAAAAUCCCAGCAAGGACGUGCUGCACCAGACCCUCAUAUUGCAGAUUACAGCCAUAUGGGCUGCCCAAUGCCAACACCUGGAUUUGGUAGUGCAGAGGAAAUCCCUGAAAGUGACAGCUGGAAGCAGAUGUGGUUGCAGGAUUUCUGGCAGAGUUUUGACCAGGGACAGGCUCUUACUGCAAUGAUUCAGCGAAAUGAAACCAACCAGGAUAAAUUUUGGGAUUAUAUGCAUGAAAUGUAUAUAAAACGAAAUAUGAAUCACUGACCAGUAUUAAUAUAUAAAUAAGUAUUUUUAUAUGUUUUGUUUUUUGUUUUUUUUUUUACUAUUAUAUUGCCAAUGUUUUUAUGCCUAAAUAUUUAAAAGAAGACCAGGAUUAAAUGAGAAAAUAAAUCUUUCAUUUGACAAGAA